AUGGCCACUUUCGAGAUGGUUAUAGAAGGCUCCUUCCGCUUUGGUCGGUGGCUGCUGGCUGUGGCCCCUGGCGCCUCCGAAGUCCUGAAUGCAGCCUACGAGGGUUGGGCGCGGUCCUUCACUGGUGCCCCGCCGUGGAGGAAUGCGAUGGUGGCUACGUCGGAGCUGGGGUGGCCUCUCUCGGGAGCGGGCCGCGCUGCGGUAGAUGUUGCUGUGCGCAGGGCCACGCUCUGGGCAUUGCCUGAGGACGACCUGUAUGGCGCGGUCUUUCGUGGGUCGCAGGCGGCUGGCCACCCCUCCUGGGCCAGGGCAUCGCUCUGCCUGCUGCAGGACUGGGGAGUGGAGGACUGGCCAAUCUGGAAGGCACGGUGCGCGGGUCCCCUGGCAGCAUACAAGGCAUACGCAAAGACGGUCAUCACAGGACGCUGUCUUGCUGCCCGUGCGCAAGCCCUGGACGGCCACCCCUACGUCCAGCUGCGGCCGUGUGUGAGCCAGGAUCUUGCCAAGGGCUACGCCCUUGGGCUCCCUACCUCGUGUCUGCGAGCUCAGCGGUCUGUUUCGCGCCUCCGCGCGGGCCUCCUGACCCUCACGCACCGCAACCGCAGGCGCUCAUGGGCUAGGCUGCAGUACUGCAUUUUCUGCGAGGCCACCUUGGCUCCAGAAGAGGGCCUCUCCCAUGCUCUCAAUGUGUGCGGCGCAUGGACAGAGGGGCGCGCAGCCUUCGGCCAGGCCCCGGGGGUGGGCGCGGGCGCGGAGCCAGGGGCCUCCAUGGGGGCCGAACCGGGGUCUCCGGGCUACCAGCAGCUGGCAGAGUGGGCAGGUGCUCUGGACUCUAGUGCCACGGAGUUCUGGGGCGGACGUCUGCUGUCGCUGCGGCCCGUGCUCCCGCCCUCGUCUGCGCACGCCGGCCGGUCCGCCGCGGCGCUGUCCUACGAGCUGCUCCACAUGCCGGAGUCCGGUCUGCUGGUGCCCGAGCCCGAGCUGCCGCAGGCGCUGCGGCGUCUCUCGGCGGGCGGCGGCGGCGGCUCUGGCGCGGCCUGGGCGCCAUCCUCCGCGGGGUGGGGCGGUCGGCGGUCUUGGCUCAACGGGUAG